AUGGAAGGAAGUGAUUUGCCCUCAUCCCAAUACAUGGCCCAGCACAAAUGUAAGCCAAUUUUGCCCACUCCCACAAGAGUGGAAGACAAACAUUCUUGCCCUUCUGUCAUUCACCUAUGGUCAUCUGCUGGUCACCCAGCUAGCCACUCCCCUACAGAAAGAGCUCGACCAAUGACCAAUCUUUGGGUGGCGCUGGGGAGUUACCACGGCGAGCGGCUGGCUGGCUGCAGUGUUUUGGUCAGCACUGGUCAAUCUUGCCCUACACGCUCUAUUAACCAGUGUUUCCGUCUUCCCGACAUCUUCUUCCUGCACCAAGCACCGUCAAGCAUCACCAGAGAGGCACGAGUACGUAAGCCUAACAUAUCACAAGAUGGAUCCACAUGUCUAGCCUUCAUAUCCAGUGUUUCCGUCUUCCCGACAUCUUCUUCCUGCACCAAGCACCGUCAAGCAUCACCAGAGAGGCACGAGUACGUAAGGGGCCGGUUGGUGUACUUCUGUUUCCUGUUGUUGGGUCUGGGAACACUGCUGCCAUGGAACUUCUUCAUCACUGCACAAUCAUACUGGGAUUUCAAGCUGGAAAACAAAACAGCCAAUGGAACACGGACGCAUUUACAAGACUUGUACACACCCAUGCAAGUCUGCCUUUCUCAGAUACCCAACUUUAUAUUCCUAUUUAUUAAUGCACUCUUCAGUCACAAGAUCCCCCAGCGAAUCAGGCUCCUGGCUUCCUUGACGUUAAUGAUCCUGCUUUUCUGCAUCACCACUGUAUUCACCCAAGUGGAUACCAGUGAGUGGCAAAUUGGCUUCUUCGCCCUAACCAUGACUGUCAUCAUCCUUAUCAACAGUGCUGGUGCCAUUUUUCAAGGUGGCCUGUUUGGUGUGGCAGGAAUGUUUCCCGAGAAGUACAUAACUGCUGUGGUGUCAGGCCAGGCCCUUGGAGGUGUGUUUGCUUCAGGUGCACGGAUUGUAUCUCUCUCAGUGGGAGCAAAGGAUGAAAAUUCUGCAUUCAUUUACUUCAUGAUUGCUGUCAUCGUCAUGAUUUUCACUCUGCUGGCUUAUUUAUUCAUGUCAAAAACAGAUUUCUACAAGCACUAUACCAAUUGCCAAAAGCCUGAAAAAGGAUCUGAUGAUGCCCCUCAAGCUGAAAGGACCUUUAGUGAGCAGGUCCAGAUAUUUAAGGAGAUUUGGCCACUGGGAGUAUCCGUGUGGGGUGUAUUUGCUGUCACACUUGGUGCCUUUCCAGCUCUGUGUGUCAAAAUUAUUUCCACUGCAGAAGAUGAAACUUGGUCACAGGUGUAUUUCCAGCCAGUUGUUACCUUCCUUUUGUUCAAUGUUGGUGACUACAUUGGACGUCAAGUGGCUGGGUUUAUGAUGUGGGUGAGUGUCUUACCUUCAUUGACAUUGUUUUAUGGUCUUCAGACUAGAUGGAGUAACUUGUAAGAUGUGUAGUGUUCUGAUAUGACAUGAUAUAAGGCAUCAGAACUGGUAAAGAAUAAAGAUAAUGAACAUAGUGAAGAAAAGAUAUCUGAGUAAAUAAAGUGUGAGAGACACAGUUGAAAACUUUCUCAUUUAGUUUUUAUAGUCACUUUUAUAUUUUAUCCUGCCUCUUCAUUCAGCAACAACGGCAGUAAGAUUGAAAAUAAGGGUUUUGUUUUGAUGUGAUAAUGAAAGGCUUGUGACAGAGGACAAGGCUGAGGUGGCCAGCAGCAUGAUGGCAGCCAUGCUGGGCCUGGGCCUGCUGACAGGAGGCCUCUCAUCAUUUGCCUUUGCUCUAAUUAGCUAAGAACUCAACUUCCUUGUGGUACAUGGCGAUGACUAUUGUGGGCUGAUCAAAUCACCCAUGUAUGCUUAUUUGUACUGAGGUUAGAAUAGCCAUUGAGCUCUAAAUGAUAAAAAUUCAAGGAAUUUUUACUAGCAAGUAUUAAGAAAAUUGCCCAUCUCACAAUGGCAGAUAAUUUUUUUUUUCUGGUAGAUUAUGGUGUUCUCGAUGAAUCUACAAAUAAUUUUCACAGCAGAUCAAUAUUUUUUUCUUUGCCCACCUCCCACCAUCCAUAGCAUUAUAAUGAAUUUGUGGUGCAUAUAAAUAGGAGUCAAAAUACUCAGAAUGAAAGGAUCUAACCAAUGGAACAGGUAAGAUUUGCUGCUGUUAAAUGGGCAUAUUUCUUUAUAUAUAGAUGAUGAAGUUCACGAGAUACAGUAGAGGUGAACAGGGAAAACAUUCAGAGUUCUUUCCUUUUCUUUACUUUAUUCCUUGUAAUAUUUCACCUUCACAGAACAUAAAUAAAUACCAAAUUUCCUUAUGUAUUUAAGAAUCAGUGUAAUGCCCUACCUCCUUUUUAUACAGUGAAAAUUAAUUCUGUUUAGAGGAAAAAUUGCAUGACUUAUUUUUACAUGAAUUUCAAUGGACUUUUUAUGUAUUUAUAUCAUGUAGCCCGGUGAUGUGGCAAGCAUGCUCGGCUCAUACUCAAGAGAGAUUGAGUUUUAAUCCUCAGCUGGCUGGAGACAAAGUAAGGUUGUCUCCUUAACUCCUAAGUGAUGGGUGAUGCAGUGGUGUGCAUCUCAGGGCUUUGACAUGUGAUGCAUAUGUGUGCCAAAUAAUUUUCCUGGUUUAAAUCAAGCAGAGGCAAAAGAGAAAUGUUUUGAGCUUUAUUUGGUAACACUUAUAAAGCUGCUCCCUACCACUUUUUCAUGAUCUUCCAUCUGGUAGUCCAUACAAAGUAAGAAUCAUGGAAGGAAGUGAUUUGCCCUCAUCCCAAUACAUGGCCCAGCGCAAAUGUAAGCCAAUUUUGCCCACUCCCAGUAAGUGCUAUUAGGCAAGGAAUCACAUUCAUGGAACUUCUGGGCACAAUGGAAGAACAUUCCUUUUAAGAUGUGGGGAGAGUGGUGAGGGACAGAGGGGAUAAGACAAGAUAGAAGCUGCAGGUGCACGAGCUGUAGCCAGUGCUAUAUCCAGUGUAACAAACUCAUAACGACAACCACUGUUGUAAAGUGGCUGAUACAUUGUUAUUCGACCUUUACUUCCAGCUGAACUAAGAUAACAAGUCAGACAAAAACACCAUUAGAAAGGAGAAGGAUAGGCACUUUUUAUGCUCUAAGUUUCAUCAUUCUUUGAUCUGUAUUAAAGGAAAUACCAGUAAAAUGGCUGGAAGGCGAUUAACGAGCGAAGCCUGAUAUUCAAUUCACUCUAGCUCAAAAGUCUGCAAGAACGCAAUGGUUCUGCUGUAUACCGUUGGAUAGGAAAUUUCAUUCUGCACUCAAUAAUAUGUGUCUGCUCUUGUUGAGACAAAAAGAAAGUUGGUUAAAAUUGCAGGAAAAUGACCAAAUUACAUUUUUGACACCUUUCUACUAUUUGCAAGUUACCCAUUGACUUCAACCAAUAGAAAAGAUGAAAGCUAUAUCAUAUAAAAUUGAUAGAGUUGUGCUAUCAUAUGGUGUUAAUUUCGUUAUGAUCGGCUGCACAGUUCCAGAGAUAUUAGCAUUUGAAUAGUAUUAUUGUCGGGCUGGGCCAGACCAGGCUGCUCAAAAUAAAAUGGUAACCUCUAUAGUAAACUUCACUUCGCUCAUAAUAACUCUUAAGAAUGAGAGUGAUUUUUCUCUUAAAAAUGCCUGUUAUUAGAAGAGAUUCCACCACUAAAUGCCCAUCGCUUAAGUUUUAAAUGUUGUAAACCCUGGUCACUUAGCAGAGAAUAGGUACAGGGUGUAAGCCAAGAGUUGUGGCCUUGCAACCCAGCAAGAGUGGAAGACAAACAUUCUUGCCCUUCUGUCAUUCACCUAUGGUCAUCUGCUGGUCACCCAGCUAGCCACUCCCCUACAGAAAGAGCUCGACCAAUGACCAAUCUUUGGGUAGGACUGAGACCACUCAUACACCAGGACAGCAAGGACAGACUCCUUGGAUUACAUCCUGUACAUACUUGCUGCCAAAUGAAUAGGGGCUACAGCUUGACUGUCUGCCUUGCCACACCCAGGACUUGAACCCAAGCCUUCUCAGUUGUGAGCCAAGCGUGCUGACUACUACACUUUGCAGUGUGUGUGUGUGUGUGUGUGUGUGUGUGUGUGUGUGUGUGUGUGUGUGUGUGUGUGUGUGUGUGUGUGUGUGUGUGUGUGUGUGCCUGCAUAUAUGUGCAUGCAUGCAUGCACCCCCAACAAUAGAUUAGAGAUAAUCUACAAAUCUUUGCCACACACGGAAAGGUAAACAGGCAAAGGUGUGAAAGAUAAUGUUUUCAAGAACCUGAAAUAUUAAUACAUAAUGUGAUGAAAUGUUGAAUUUUGUAAUGCUAUUGAAUUACAUAAUACUCAUCAUUGUAUUAUUGUUUACUCAUGACAAUGAUGUGCAUUUCACAGUAUGAAUAAGGUGAUUUAGAUGUGUAGCUGUACAUGAAGUACACAAAAUGGCUCUCAAUAGAUAGCCUUGACAAAGCAUACCACCAAAGUUGUCAAAGGUAGGGAUAACUUUUUUUUAGUUAACUGUCAUGAUCAUUUAUCAUCAUCAUCAUCAUAUUGAUCAUCAUCACUACCACUGUUGGUAUUACCACCAUCAUGUUUCUCUAGCAAAAAGAGUGUUGGGAUCCAGACUUCAGGAAAGAGGACUAAAUUAUACAAGCCAAACAAGCUUUGCAGUGUGAUCCAUUGACAUGACAUUAGAGUUUGUAAUUUUUCAUGGUAUGUAAGAAAUAAAAAGUAGAUUACAUAACAGAAAAGUCUUUGAAUCAAUCUGCUUUGAAUGUUAUCAUGAAAACUGGUUUUCAGAGCUCAGUAUAUCAGUAUUGUAUAAAAAUGCACAUCACAUUUUAGUCAUAGUGUUAUAUAUAUAUAUUUUUUUAUGAAACUGUUAAUUUGCACUUAUGAUGCUAAAUAAUUCAUGUCAUGGCACAGCAUUUGUUUUUGUUGGCAAAAUACUGUUUGUAUUAUGAUCUUUAUAGAAGGCUGGGUCUAUUAUCCAUUAGUUCCAUGUGAGCCAAGUAAUUAAAACCAUCACUUUGUCAAAUGUUUGUUUUUAGUGCAAUUUUUACCUGUAACUGAAUUUUCUCCUUCCCAGAAAAUUUACAAGCUUUGCAUAUUAAGCAGAAACUUGUUUAUGUCAAGAAAUGCUUGAAUUUCAGCAUAGCUUUAAUAUAUAACACAAUUAUAGAUAAAUAGAUCUGUAGUGAGCUGACACAUUCAGCUGCCUGCCACAGGUAUAAGAGUGCAUUAUUCCAGUGGACUUAGGCAGGUGCUCAGGAAGCUCACCGUCCAUGUGUCAGAAAGUUGGCCUUUUUCAGUAACUCAGGGAAGCCAUCCCCUGCUACACACACACACACACACACACACACACACAAGGGGACAAGAAAGAAAGCUGAAGAGGACCACUUGUAGGAGUGACAUCAAGAAGCAUAGUUUCCCCUACAAACAUUUGGAAUGACUUAGAUGAGAGUGAUCAAUGCAAGAAGUAUUCAUGACUAAGGAAAGGUUUAUUACUUCUAGGUAUGGGAGAUGGGACAGUUUGAGCACAGUUCCCUUAUUAUAUGUCAGGAAUAAGCACACAUACACACAUACACAGAUAUAUUAUCAUCAAGCUCUUCUUUAAUGUAAUAUUUGAUAAAGCAAUGGAAAUCAAAAUUAAAACUAAUUGCCUUACACUAUAUUCUAAAUUAUUAAUUUAGUGCCAGUUUAUAACUGCCUCUUGUACCAAAAACAUUGGCAUUAGAAUGUCAAAAUAUUUUGUGAUAAAACUGUAUUUAUGUUUUAAAGAAUUUCAAUAAAGUUAAAUGUUAAUUA